GCCCAAGCCAUUCUGGCUCAAGUGACACAUCUCCCAAGGUGGUUCAGGAUAACCAGCGGCUGCAAGCUCUGGCAGUAGCGAGCGACGGACGCGCCUAGCUUGACAACCACCUCCGGACUUCUUCGUGGAAGCGACGAACUCCCAAGAGCGCGAACCGCAGAAGUCGCGUCGUGGAUGGAUUGGCGAAUGGCCUCGCGAUGCCUUAUCGCCGCGCCGCAAGGAGCAUUGGGAGUGGCUCGAGACCCAGGCCCCGCAGACGACCGUUGCCGAUGCUACCCCUACCUUUCAGAGAACGAACCGCUCCAAUACAUUCGAUAUCCUCUGGUCGUUUCUGGCAGCGCCACACGCUUCAAGGAGACGCUUCAAGGAGCUGGCUUUUACUUCACCGACGAUGCGGCGCAACUGCCGCGACGAAGCUGCGAACCGUCCGAUUCGCGUCCGCGGUGAGAUCCCUUUGCCAGCCAGGCAGCAGAAAGAUGCUCUCUCCUGCUUGCGGGAAACGAUGCAAGCGAUGCUCGUCAACAGGGGCCUCUGGUGUGACUCGAGGCGCAUGAGCUGCGUGGGCUACGGCUCAGGCUGCUUCCACAUCUCCACGAGCGAUGACUCAUGGACGCAAGUCGCUUCGAAAUUAGACGACGGUCGGCUGGUAAUCAUCCCGAGUCGAGCGGAAACGGAUCAACGAACAUUUUUCGACAUGGAGAUCGAUUGCGAUGCUGACAUAGCUACCGAAGGCUUGCCGCGGCUGUAGGACAAGCGUAUACGGAACCCCAGAACACAGCGCGCUCACUCGAUUCAGCCAUCGGAGUUCGGGUGUCGCAUCUUGCUUCUGAGCCGUCUGCAGCCGUGCAGCUUCUGAGCCGGCUGUGCCACCUGAUUCUAGCGCCCCUAGCCUCCUACUCAUUACGUGCGCGGUUAGGGCGCGCCGACGCCGUUGUCUCGGGCGUCUUCUGUUUUAUUAUCAGCGCCGCCCGUCUGCCCGCCUGUCUGCGCUGAUCCCGUGUCGCCGCGCAGAUCUGACGAUCUAUCUCAAUCGCAUAGAA